AUGACAAGUCAGUCUACCGAAAGCCCGAUAGAUAAGGACUGGAACAAUAGCGACUACGAAAUCAAGGAACAAGAUCGGUUCCUACCGAUUGCAAAUGUUGGAAGAGUCAUGAAGAAGGCUCUACCUGAAAGGGCCAAACUAUCAAAAGAAUCAAAAGAGUGCGUACAAGAAUGUGUCAGUGAAUUUAUUUCCUUCAUUACAAGCCAAGCAGCCGACAGAUGUAAGUUAGAAAAGCGCAAGACGCUCAAUGGGGAAGAUGUUUUAUGGGCAAUGUACACAUUAGGGUUUGAAAACUAUUCCGAAACCCUUAAGAUUUAUCUCGCCAAGUAUCGACAGUACGAACAAGAACAAGCAUUGAUAAAACCACCAAGGAGGAAAGUUUACAAGAGAAAGAAGAAAAUUAAAAAACACGAGACGGAGGAGUUGGAAACGGAGGAUGAUUACGACGACGGCGAUGAUGACUUUAACAAUGAAGAGACAUUACUUAAUCCACCUGUAGAUUAUUUCCAAGAAACCGAUUUGAAUGAAAAUAGCCCAGCGUAUCCAGAUCCAACGACUGGCACCUCUGUUGGUACAUCGACUUAUCCUAUUGGAGAUGACUUUUUUAGAGACCAAGACAAUACAGCAACAGAGAAUUUCACAUACAUGAGUCAGCCGAAUUUGCAACAAGAACAAGCGAUUUUGAAUAGACCGUAUCAACAGCAACAACAACAGCCACAGCCACAUCAGCCGCAACUUCAACAACAACGGGAACAGUUUCAUCAACUCCCCCAGCAUCAGCCUCAACAGAUAUACACGCCCCAAGAACAAGCUUAUGAUUUGAAUGAUAUGAGUGAUGUACAAAUGCAGCUUAAUCAGCAAGGGCAAGGAGUUGGGAUAGUUUUACGGAGUUCUCCUCGGUAUUCAAGAACCGGACAGGGUAACAAUCAGGGUUAA